GACAACGUUUCAUCUUUCGCGGCGACUACUCCGACCGACAAGACCCGGAGAAAGGGGGCGGCGGCGGCGGAGCUGAGAAGAGAAGGAAGAGGCCAUGGCGGAUCUCUUUGCGUGGCUUCUUUCCUUCUUCCUUCUCGUCGCCAUUCUUGGUCUCCUCCUCUACCAGCUGAUGUGCUUGGCAGACCUCGAGUACGACUAUAUCAAUCCAUAUGAUUCGGCAUCCCGAAUAAAUAAAGUUUUGGUGCCCAGUUUUAUCACAGAAGGAUUGUUAUGUGUUCUCCAUCUUAUAGCAGGCCAUUGGGUUAUGUUUCUAUUGUGUAUCCCUUAUGGGUACUACAACUUCAGAGUCUAUACUCAAGGUCGCCACUUGAUAGACGUGACUGAGAUUUUCAAUCAGCUCCCUUGGGAAAAGAAGAUACGGUUAUACAAACUCGGAUACCUUGUCUUUCUCCUCAUCACUUCCAUGUUCUGGAUGGUAUGGACCAUAGUUGAUGAUUGAGCACACGCGGAUGGUCCUAGCACUUAGGUUCAAGCUACUUGACCCCAAGUUUACUCAGGGAUAAAGCUUAGUUGUUGUAAUCUUCUACAGUUCAAGCCAAGAGGCAAGGCAGGAAAAUGUGUUUUGUAAUGUGAAACUAGCUUUUCCUUUUCCAAUUUUGCCCUCAUGUAUUUUGCAAUUUUUUUGGUGCAUGUAUUUUGUAUUAUUAGUGUAAGUUUUUUUUUGUUACAAUUAGUGUAAGGUUUUAAUGUGUGUUAACACAUUGUUGUAGUUUUACUCCCAACAGCAUUUGUACUUCAAUUU